AUGGGAGGGAAAAAUUCCAGGCUCGGGAAGAGCGAGAAUUCCCAGAUUUCCGAGCGUGCCGGAGAUUGUUCCAGCCGGGAAUUCGCUCCCUGCCAGGCCAUGUCCGUGCCGGGAAUUCUGGGAUCGCUGCUCCAAGAGGAGGAAAAAUUUUCCUCGUGCCUGGCCCGGCUCGACGCCCUCAUCCUCAAACCUCUGCUCCAGGCAGAACCCAACGAUCCGAAGGAGAAGGAGAAUUUCCAGCUCUUGGUGCUGCUCAACGAUCGCUUCCAAGCCCUCUGGAAUUUCACGGAGGAGAAUUCCCGGAUCCUGAGGGGCUCCGAUUCCGGCUGUAUCCAGGAUUUUUACAUCCUCUGGAAAGGAGAUCUCUUCCUCAGCCUCUCCAUCCAGUAUUUUGUCACCUUCGCCAAUUUCGUGGUGGUUCAAGGAUUCGAGCGGGCGGCCGGGAACAAGAGCGAGGCCUGGAAGCGGCACAAGGCGGUGCUGAAGGAAUUCCUGCGGGAUUUCAGCUCCGAGAGCUCCCUGGCUCCGGCUCUGCACUCGGAGCUCCUCAAACCUUUCCGGGAGCACGGCCAGAGCUGCCUCCGGCUCCUCCGGCAGCUCCGGGAGCAGCUCCAGGAGGGCCCCGAGCGGGACGCGGCUGGAGCCGUGGAGCGGGAAUUCGGGAAGUUGGAAUCCUUCGUCAGCCAGGUCCUGGAUGAAGCCGCCCGCACCAAGGAGCUCUGGAAUUCCCUGGGAUGUAAAUUAACCGACGUGCUGCGCGUUCCGGAGCGGAGACUCCUGGAGGACAGCAGGAACCUUCCCAUCGCUUCCGGCAGCUCCCGCUCCGAGCGUCUCCUGCUCUUCGACGACGUCCUGGUGCUGAUCCAGGGAAACAGCUUCCAGAGUUUUGAUCUGAAGUUGGUGUGGGUGGAUGAAAACUGCGGAGAGAAAUUGGCUCCGGGAUCGCACGGCCUGCGCGUCACCACCCCGGAGGAGACGUUCGUCCUCUCCACCAAGGACCCCCAAACCAAGGCCGUGUGGCGCUGGAAGCUGGAGCAGGCCGUGCGCCAGGCGCUCAACGGGAAGCGCGAUUUCCCGCUCUGGGGCGGCAGCGGCGACGGAGCCGAGGCUCCUUCCCGAAGAUUCUUCAGCUACGGAUUCCGCAGGGACAGCCGGCUCCGAGGGGCCACCUACGAGGGCGAGUGGCUGGAGGGGAAACCCCACGGCAAGGGGACGCUGAAGUGGAGCGACGGCCGCAACCACGUGGGCGAUUUCCGGGAGGGCCGGGAGCACGGGUUCGGGAUCCGCCUGGUCCCGCGGCGCUCCGAGGAUCGCUACGACUGCUACAAGUGCCACUGGCAGCAGGGCAGGAUGAGCGGCUAUGGAAUCUGUGAGUACGGGAACGGCCAGGUCUACAAGGGUUAUUUCAAGGACGACGCGCGCCACGGAUUCGGGAUCCUGGAGAAUUCCUCGGCUCAGCGUCCCUUCAAAUACACCGGCCACUGGGAAAAGGACAAAAAGAGCGGAUACGGAGUCUGGGAAGACAAGGAGAGAGGGGAGAGGUACAUCGGGAUGUGGUGGGAUGACCGCAGGCACGGAGACGGAAUCGUGGUGACGCACUCAGGGCUCUGCUACCAGAGGAGGUUCCAGGCGGAUAAAAUGGUGGGCUCGGGAAUUCUGUUCCUGGAGGACGGAUCCGUCUACGAAGGGAAUUUCACGGAAGAUCUGACGUUUGUGGGAAAGGGCCGGCUCUCCCUGGCUGACGGCUCCAUGCAGGCAACGCCGCAGCUGGGCCUGAAGGAAUUCCCGGUGGAGAAGAGAUGGGCGGGAAUCUUCCAGCAAUUCCAGGAAUUUCUCCAUUCCGGCUGCAAGGAGGAAACCGAGGAAUUUUUCACGGGAUUCCACAUCCAAACGGGCAAGGAGCUGAGGAAAUCCCGGGAAUUCCUGUUCAGCCAGGGAGGCGCCGAGGAGCUCUCCUGGAGAAACGGGAAUUUCCCGGAGGAGCUGGGCCGGGAGCCGGAGGCGCUCCGGAGAUUCCUGGAGAAGGCUCUGCGCUGUCCCCGGCACCCUCUGGGGAAGCUGCUCCGGGCUCUGGGCUCCGCAUUCCAGGCCUCGUAUUCCGGGCCCGGCUCCAGCCGGCUCCUGCUGGGAAUGGCGCAGGCCGAGGUGCAGCUGUACGCCCGGAAAAUCUGGGAAUUCGCCCGAGCUUUUCUCCGGCUGCCCUCGGACGACGUCGAUCCCAGGGGCUCCGGGCCGGUGCUGCCGCUGAUCCUGGCCAGGUUUUACCCGGAGCUCUCGGUGCUUUACCUGCUCCAGCACCAGCGCCAGGACGAGCUCUACAGCCAAGGAAUCCGGGAGCUGAGCCAACUCCCGGAUUUCCAGCUCCUGGAAUUCCUGGGAGUGCAGAAGCACCUUUGGCCUCUCCAGGAUCCGAUCCCGAGCCGGAACCAGUUCCGAUCUCUUUUCCAGGAUUUUUGCUGUUUCCGAGUGGCCACUGAGCGGCUCCAGAGGCUCCUCACCACGGUGGAUCCCAAGGAAAAGCUGGAAUUCCUGGGCGGCGCCUGCCGGGCUCUGGCGGCUCCGGGCUCGCGGCUCCCGAUGGACGAACUCCUGCCCCUGCUGCUCUUCGUGGUGGCCAGAGCCAGGAUCCAACACCUGGGAGCCGAAAUCCACCUGAUCCGGGAUUUCAUGGAUCCAUCCCAGCAGGGCGGAAUGUCAGAUUUCCUGCUCACGGCGCUCGAGUCGUGCUACGAACACAUCCAAAGGAUCCGGAUUCAUCCCAAAGAAAAUUCCCACAGUUCGUGAUCCCUUGGGAAAAAUCUUCUUCAUCCCGAAUUUUCCAGCUGGAAAAAUCGGGAAUUUCAUCCCUGGCUGCUUUUAAGGGAAGGAAUUCCUCCCCAGCUGAGGUUUUCCCAUCCCAAAAAUCACUGGAAAAGCUGGAAUUCCAACCUUGAUCCCAUUUUCCUGUCAAGAAUUCCUGGGAAAAAUUCCGGAAUUCCCGCCUUGAUCCCAUUUUCCCGUCAAGAAUUCCUGGGAAAAAUUCCAGAAUUCCCACCUUGAUCCCAUUUUCCCAUCAAGAAUUCUCGGGAAAAAUUCCGGAAUUCCCACCUUGAUCCCAUUUUCCCAUCAAGAAUUCCCGGGAAAAAUUUUCC